UAUAAUGUACAAUUUUUUGUGGUUCCUGUUCAUUCUGAUCCUUAUAUUCAGUGUCCAAACUAAAUAAAUAUCUUUAAUCCUUCUCACACACACACACACAACUUGAAAUUAUAAUUAUUAUUAAAGUGUUUUACUAAUAAGAGAAGGUAAAAAAUUGUAACAUGAAAUCUUUUUUUGUCAUUGUUUUCAGAAACACAACCAAACAACAAGAAGAAUAGCCUGUGUGCUUUCUUCAGAAUGAAAUGUUUGGCUUUACAAAAAGCCAAUCGGCGUCGACGUCGAGGCAAUAAAGUGUCUUUUUCACAGCCUCCGUCUGACACAGAACCCGUGGGUCCACAGCCAGGCCCAUCAACAGAUAAUCUUCAGUCUGCUCUGUCCAGCUUUGAGUCUCAGGCUGUAGACGAUCAGCGGGAUCUUCUGCUUGGUCUGUCCAGCAUCGAGCCUCUGGCUGUAGACGACAAGACUGAUCUUCAACCUGGUCCAUCCAGCAACAAGCCAUCAAACUUUUCUGAAGGAAACAAAGCCAAUCCAGAGCCUGCUGAAGAAACUCAACCAAAAAGCAAGAAGAGCAGGCUUUGUGCAUUCUUCAAGAACAUAUGGCUGACUGUACAAAAAGCCAAUCAGAGUCAACGUCGAGGCAGUAAAGUGUUUCCUUUUCAGCCUCCGUCUGACACAGAACCAGUGGGUCCACAGCCAGGCCCAUCUAAUUUCAAGACAACAUCUGUACAAGAUUUGUCUGGUCUUCAGCCUGCUCUGUCCAGCUUCGAGUCACUGCCUGUAGAUGAUCAGCAUGAUCUUCAGCUUGGUCUGUCCGGCCUUGAGUCUCUGGCUGUAGACAAUCAGACUCAUCUUGAGUCUGCUCUGUCCAGCCACGAGCCUCUAGCUGCAGAUGAUCGAACUGAUCUUCAGCUUGGUCUGUCCAGCCAUGAGCCUCUAGCUGUAGACGAUCGAACUGAUCUUCAGCUUGGUCUGUCCAGCCAUGAGCCUCUAGCUGCAGAUGAUCGAACUGAUCUUCAGCUUGGUCUGUCCAGCCAUAAGCCUCUAGCUGUAGACGAUCAGAGUGAUUUUCAGCUUGGUCUGUCCGGUCUUAAGUCUUUGGCUGUAGACGAUCAGACUCAUCUUCAUUCUGGUCCUACCAGCAAUAAGCCAGCAAACUUUGAAGCUAACCCAGCCAAUCCAGAGCCAGCUAAAGAAAAAACAACAACAAAGAAGAAGAGGAGUUUCUAUACAUUCUUUAAAAAACUGUGGCUACACAAGAAGCACAAUGUGGUUAAUCCACAGACAGACAAAGGUUCAGCUGCUUCAAAGCCAAAUCCACACACUCCUCAGCAAGAUCAACCAACAUCUGAGCCAGACCCACCAACAUCUGAGCCAGACCAAGCCAUUCCUGAGUCAGAGCCACCAACAUCUGAGCCAGACCCACCAACAUCUGAGCCAGACCCACCAACAUCUGAGCCAGUCCCACCAACAUCUGAGCCAGACCCACCCAGUCCUGAGCCAGAUCCACCAACAUCUGAGCCAGAUAUACCCAUUUUUGAGCCACAUCCACCUGUUGCAGAGCCUGAUUCACCGAUUCCUGAGCCAGUAGUUAAAUUUGAUCUGGAUGAUCAAACAGACAAUUUCUCAGAAGAUUCCCAGCCUUUUUUGCCCAAGAUUGCUCGAGCUGCUCCCAAGCACAAGCGUCUUGGAGAUAAAAAAUGGUUGAGAACCACUGCAUCGCCAGGUCCAUCUAAUCUUCCAUUUUCUGCAGUUUAUGAAAUUGGAGAGAAGCUUGGAAGAGGAAGCUUCGGUGAUGUGUUUGUGGGGAUCCACAAACAAAAUCAGCAACAGGUUGCCAUCAAAUUUGUGAACAAGUUAAAAACAGACCAGUAUAUCACAGUUCCUGGGCUUUACGAGCCAAUGUUGGCAGAAGUGGCAUUAAACCUGCUGCUAAAUCAACAGCCGAUAAGCCCUUACGUUGCGCACAUGAUAGACUGGUUUGAUGAGGAACAACGGUACAUACUCAUCAUGGAGUAUUCACAACCCAGCGAGAACUUGCUCACGUUUAUCAGUCGCAAAAGGCCAAUGAAGGAAUUUGAGGCACGAGGCCUGUUGUACCAAGUGUUGCUCGGAACCAAGCACUGUCUGGACAGAGGUGUCUUCCAUCGUGACAUCAAGUUAAACAACUGUGUGAUCAACACCGAGACACAACAAGUCAAACUGAUAGACUUUGGCUGUGGUGAACUCCUUAAAAGUGUCUAUGUGGGUGGAUUUACUGGAGGAUGCUGCCCACCAGAGUAUGUUGCAACCCUAACAUAUCGGGCGGACCCAACAACGGUGUGGUCGCUGGGCUACCUGAUGUACAAAACGAUGUGUGGCUUUUACCCCUUUAAAUCACUAGAAGACAUGCAGAACUGCAGUCUGACUUUUCCGUUCGGCAUAUCCAGUGCAUUCCAGGAUUUGGUCUCGAGGUGCCUGAUUUGUGAUCCAACCAAGAGAAUCACUGUAGAUGACAUCUUAAAGCACGAGUGGUUUCAGCAAAUGCCAGGAGCAGGAGUCAGCAAAACUUCAUGAACCAGCGUUGAAACAGUCUUCAAGCAAGCAAAGUCUAAAGGGAUAUCUCCUCUUUUAAUAAAGAAGAAUAUUACAGAUGUUUUAGCUCAGUCUAAGGUCCUUGUUGAUUGUCUUGCAAGUCAAUAGUUACUGCUUUUUGAGAUUUGAGACAUCCAAACAAAUCCAAAUCAAUAGUGGCUCCUGACGGUAGACUUCUUAUACAGCGAAAUGGUCUGUGCAAAAAAAUUAUUUAGAAUAUUUUCAGCUGUAUACAUAUAGGAGUAAUUUAAAAAUGUAAUUGUGCCUCUUAGUGUAAUCUAAAAUGUUUAUAAUGGUUGUCGUAUCCAGGAUCCGCAUUCUGUGUAACACACUGAACCGGCCUGAUCUGGCCAGUAACAAUCCAGCUCCAGGCCAUCAGGCGGUCCUUCAUGUCGUUCCCUGCUGAAUAUAACACAUUGCUGUCGCAAACACAUGUAACCCCCAUAGCACAUCUAAACAGGUGGAGCUGGGGUGGAGGAGGGAAAAGAUUUGUAGCACUAAGAAUGCAUUUAAAUGUUGAGGCAACAGUAACCAAAUCACUUGCGCCAAGUAGUUGAUAACAUAGCAGGCGAAUAACUUUAUAUUUCUUUCAUGACAACACUGAGAGAUUUAGUAGGAUAAUUAAUAAUGUAUAUGGCAAUGUUGAUGUGUUUGGUCUUGGCAGCAUUGAUCUACACAACGUCGCGAAACAAAAAGAGUAACUAUUAGUAACUUCCAUUACAUGAAUCACUAAGGACCUUAGAUUCAGCUAAGAAUGUUGGCAUGAGUGUGUAAAUUAACAGCUAAUUUAAUGUUUGGUGAACGAUCCCUUUAAAGGACUAAGACUCACCAAGCUGAUGGUCAACAAACCUGAGAAUUG